GCGAGCGUCCAACCGGUCAGACGGCUGUGCCACCGAAAAUAUCCAACGUACACGACUCGCGCACUUUGACUCAGAGAACUCUGAAUUAUUUAUUUUAAUCAUUGUAUUUGAUUUGAUUCGAUUUAAUUUUAUUCUAUCCUACUUUAUUCUAUUCUAUUUUAAUUUAUUUUACUCGAUUCUAUUCUAUCCUAUUUUAUUUUAUUUUAUUUCCCUUUCUCGGAUUCUAUUUGAUUCUAUUUUAUUUUAUUUCAUUUCAUCUUAUUUUAUUUUAUCACAUUUUAGUCUUGUUUCAUUUUUCACAAGUUAUACGGCCCUUGUGCUAACAUUUGACGUGCAAGUUGACCGGCAAUAACAACAGCGAAUCAAUAUAUAAUUCGGAUAAAUAAUUCUAAUUCAUAUAUCAAUUAACUAAUAACGAUCGGUACUUCAACAUGAAUUAUUCGUAUAAAUUAUACGUUCGGUGGAAUCGUGUGUAAUUGGCAGCUUCUAAUAUACGUCUGCAAUUGUAGUUGACGAAGAUUGGAAAACGAACUUUUUCUACAAUGAAAUUGCAUUGUGAAGCCUGGUCAGAGACUCAGGGGGGAAACUGCAUUAGACUUGCCGUAUAAUUUUGGCAAUGAAUAAAGUGAUCGCUAAUGGGUCAAACAUUCAUGUGAACAACUACAAAGAAAAACGAAGAAAAGGAAAAAAUCAAAAUGACCUCGGCACUCAAAGGAUUAGACGAGGAGUAUGGGCUGGGAUACCAUCACACUUUGAUGUACGGUCGGUACACAAAGGACCUCGGUGAAUAUGCAAAGGAAGAAGCGAGACGUCUCAGAUCGCAGAACAGAGCGAGAAGAAAAUUUGACAAGGACCGAGCGCACGAAUUACGGAAAACGAAGAAGCGUGGCCUCUUGUGUAGAAAACUAUUAGCCGUUCUAGCAUUCACGUGGAAACAUACGGGAGCAAGAUUAGGAGAAGAUUGGGUUUUCUUAGCGCUCUUAGGGGUGAUUAUGGCAUUCCUCAGCUACGCGAUGGACAAGGGCAUAUCGAUCUGCAACAACGCUAGGAUAUGGCUGUACCAAGACCUAACGACGCAGCCAGCGUUGCAGUACCUCGCUUGGGUCUCACUUCCGGUCUGCCUGAUCCUCUUCAGCGCCGGUUUCGUCCACAUAGUAGCUCCCCAGAGUAUAGGUUCCGGAAUACCGGAAAUGAAGACGAUACUUCGAGGCGUCGCCUUGAAAGAAUACUUGACAUUCCGAACAUUGGUGGCAAAAAUAAUCGGUCUGACCGUAACUCUUGGAUCAGGUCUUCCUCUGGGCAAAGAAGGUCCGUUCGUCCACAUAGCGAGUAUAGUUGCGACGCUACUUUCAAAAUUGGUCACAAGUUUCCAAGGGAUCUAUGAGAACGAAAGUAGAAAUUGCGAGAUGUUAGCGGCGGCCUGUGCGGUAGGAGUUGCCGCUUGUUUCGCCGCUCCUAUCGGGGGUGUGUUAUUCAGCAUCGAAGUAACGACGGUUUAUUUUGCCGUGAGGAAUUACUGGCGAGGUUUUUUUGCCGCCGUAUGCGGCGCUACCACAUUCAGAUUGCUGGCGAUAUGGUUCAACAAAGAGGAAACGAUCACCGCAAUGUUUCACACUAAUUUCACCGCGGACUUCCCAUUCGACCCUCAGGAACUGUUCGUUUUUGCUCUUAUCGGCGUCGGAAGCGGAUUGGGAGGCGCAUUUUACGUAUGGCUUCACAGACAGUACGUCAUUUUUAUGAGGAAGAACAAGAGCAUGAACAGUUUUCUUCAAAAAAACCGAUUUUUGUACCCGGGAAUCGUAUCGCUGCUCGUCGCUUCCGUUUCAUUUCCUCUGGGUCUCGGUCAAUUUAUGGCCGGCGAUUUAACAACGCACGAACAGGUCAUGGGAUUGUUCGUAAACUUCACCUGGAACAAGGCAGAUUUAACGGUCGGGGAAAUGAACGUUGUUCAACAUUGGUCGACGGAAUACACCGAUGUAUUCAUCGGAUUGUUAAGCUACGUCGCGUUCACCUUCACAUUUUCCAUAAUAAGUUCCACGGUUCCCGUACCAUCUGGAAUAUUCAUACCGGUAUUCAAAAUCGGAGCAGCACUUGGCCGAGCAACCGGUGAGGCUAUGGCACUUUGGUUUCCCAAUGGGGUCAGAUACGGGGGUGUCAUGAGCCCAAUUACACCAGGAGGCUACGCGACGGUUGGUGCGGCGGCAUUUUCCGGUGCUGUAACUCACACGAUAUCGGUAUCGGUCAUUGUUUUCGAAAUGACCGGUCAGAUAACUCACAUAGUUCCGAUAAUGAUAGCUGUACUGAUAAGCAACGCCAUUGCCGCUCUUUUACAGCCGAGUAUAUACGACAGUAUAAUUUUAAUAAAAAAACUACCUUACCUACCGGAUCUUCUGCCUUCGAGUUCGGGUAUGUACAACAUCUACGUUGAGGACUUUAUGGUGCGCGAUGUCAAGUACAUUUGGCACGGUAUAACGUAUCAACGAUUGAAAGAAAUAUUAAAGGAGAAUCGUAAGCUUCGUGGUUUUCCUCUCGCCGACAAUCCAGGUUCAAUGAUCCUCUUGGGUUCUAUACAGAGAUUGGAAUUGAUAAAGCUCAUAGAAAAGCACAUCGGUAGAGAACGAAGAUUACAAGUGGCGCAAAAGUGGCAAAAAGAGGCAGAAGAACGGGCUAAGGAAGAGAUGGAAAGGCAAAUUCGGGAACAAGAAAGAACGAGAAGACCGUCGCGAUUCGAGGUCAUUCCGGCCCCGGAUAUGUUGAAAAUGCAACGACAAAGUACCAGUGAUCUGACAUCCUCGGGAAACGGAAACGAUCCAGUUAGUCAGCACACUUUUCACUCACCGAUUUUCGGAUCCCAGCCGAAGAAAUCGAUUCUAAAGAAGACGCAUUCGUUCACCCUGAAGGGUUUCAGUCCGUUGGUCAGCCCGGCGGUAACUCCUUACACGACGGUGACGGGUGCGGAGAGUAGAAUACGUUUAGCCUUCGAAGCAAUUUUUCGAAAAUCAGCAACGCUCCAAGACGUCGAUCCAGAUCCAGAAAUGGGUUCCGGUGGGAGCGUCGGUGUCGACAGACGGGACAGUGUCGACGCUCUUCACGUUCCAUCUCAUCAAUCGAUGCUAUCCCCGAGUCCGACGACUCUGAAAAAAGUUCAGCUACCCCGCGAGAGAGUGAUCGACAUGUCGGCUGAGGACCAAAAACAAUGGGAAGAAAGUGAAAUGGCAUUGGAAGUUGAUUUUUCGAGAUGUCACAUAGAUCCGGCACCCUUUCAACUGGUCGAACGGACGUCGUUGCUAAAAGUUCACAGCCUGUUCAGUAUGGUGGGUGUAAAUCAUGCCUACGUAACAGCAAUUGGUCGUCUGGUCGGCGUGGUGGCAUUGAAAGAGCUACGCAAAGCGAUCGAAGAGGCUAACGCCGGUAUAAUACCGACUCACGUGGAUCAACCGCACGAUAACGGGCUCUUGAAUAGUUCUGAUUCCACCCUAGGCGGUGACGAAUUAUUAGCAUCGGACAGAAAGACGCAAAUAACAAUAAAUUCCAUAACAAAUUCAGCUACGUCGGGCGAUGAAAUGGAAGAUUGCCCAACGGAAAAACUCGAGAGAUUAUGAUAGAACUAUGUUACUACGAUACGGGAAACCGACGAUUCGGUCUCCCAACAGCUGAUCUAGCCAAAUUCCUUUUUUUCCUUCCAAUCCUCAGAUACCGUUUAGCGUAGGAUAUAGUUCAAAGACAUUGUGAUAGUUGUGUAAAUAGGUGCCAAUAAAAAAUCCGUAUACCUACUAUCGAUUGCGCGAAAAGGGAAUACAAAAAAGUAAUAACGAUACGAUGGUUGUAGAGUAUCACGAUGGUUGUUGUUGUUGUUGUUGUUGUUAUUCUUAUUAUUAUUAUUAUUAUUAUUGAUCUUAUUAUUGUUGAUGUUGUUGUUACUAUCAUUGAUAUAGGUAUGUCGGUGCUCACAAAUUGAAAAUGCAGCUGAAUUAUGGUAGGACAUAGUUUGACAGAGAAAGGAAUCCAUGCGGUGUCGUUGAAUUUUCAACGAUACGCGUGUCAUCGGCGGAAUGCACGAUACAAGUACAAUCGCCCAUCCGGGCGUUAGUCUGCAAUAUCGCUGUAAUCUGUACGAUGGUAAAAGAGAUGAGGGGUGAAGUGGGUCCCGAAGAAGCGAAAUGAUGAUGUUCACUGUACCAUGACGACCGUGAUGAUAAGAGAGACUUGUAAAUAAUAUUGCGUACCGUGCGCUGCACAAAAUUUACCGCAUGUAGCGUCGAGUGUAUGAUAUAAAACGAAAGACAUUAAAUAACUUAUUACAUUAGAA